AUGGCGAGCGAGGAAGACAUCGAGUCCUUCGUGGGCAUCACGGGAGCCAACCGCACAGCCGCUGAGCGCGUGCUAGAACUUUGUGGCUCGGAGCUCGAGCAGGCAAUCCAGCUUUGGUUUACAGACGAAGAUCUGCAACGAUCAUUGAGCAAUGUCGGCUCGUCGGCAGCCGCUGCUACCACAGCACCUGCAAGCCGUCUCAGCCGACCCAACCGUCCGCAAAUCGGCCGCGAGGAUGCUCAAGGCGUCAUCCAUAUCGAUUCGGACGACGACGACGUACCUAUGACUGAGGACGAGGCCGAUGAUGGGGAGGAGGUUGCUAGCGUUGCCCGGCGGGCUCAGGAGGAAGAAGACGCGGCGAUGGCGAAAAGGUUGCAAGAUGAGCUGUUCUCCGGUCCGGCGGGGGCAGAUGAAUCUAGCGAUGCUGUACGAGCCCCCAUGGCCCGCACAACUGAGACUCUGAUCGGACCAAGUUUUGGCGGCGAGGGUGACGACGACGACGCGCACGCCGCCGUGCUCGAGCAGAUGCGCAGGAGACAGCAAGCGCGCGCUCGGCCUACUAACAACCCAUUCGCCCAAUCUGUCUGGGAGGACAACUCCGGGGCGCCAGGUUCCGCAUCGUCAGGAUCUGGCCGAGCCUCCCACCUCGCGAACUUGUUCCGUCCGCCAUACGACUUGAUGGCACAAGUGAGCUGGGACGAAGCCCGGGACGAAGGCAAGGACAGUAAGAAGUGGAUCCUGGUGAAUCUCCAGGACACAUCCAUCUUCAGCUGCCAAGCACUGAACCGUGAUAUCUGGAAAGACGAAGCCAUCAAGUCCCUCGUCCGGGAGAAUUUUAUCUUCCUCCAGUACGACAAGAACAAUAUGGCGGCCGAGCAGUACCUCACGUUUUACUUUCCCAACGAAAGCCACCAGAAUCCAGACAACUACCCACAUGUCUCUAUCAUUGACCCACGGACCGGCGAGCAGGUCAAGGUGUUCAGCGGUAGUCCCUUCCCUAACGCGCUCGAGUUCCACGCGCAACUCGCCGAGUUUCUUGACCGGUACAGCCUGUCAGAAAAUAGCAAGAACCCCGUCUCUAAGGCGAAACGGCCGGAGCGCGUAGUCGAUGUCGAUCGGAUGACCGAGGACGAAAUGCUCGAGAUGGCGUUACAGAACAGCCUCAAUGCAAACGGCGGAACAAAACAACCCAACAUCCAGGAUCCCGACGAGCUCACCAAGUCAAUAGGCGCACUGGCAGAGAAUGGCCAGCCCUCGACAGGAUCAGCAGGGUUGGCGGCUGGAGAACCGGCAGCCUCCACGCCACAAGAGUCCGCGUUUGCCCGGAUACCCUCGGACCGGCCUCAUGUCGAGCCCCCGGCGGACCCGAAGACAACGACCAGGUUGCAGGUCAGAAACCCGCCCGGGCGCAUGAUUCGCCGGUUCCGUCUGGACGAGCCCGUCUCGCGGAUCUACGAGUGGCUCAAGGCCGAGCCGCUCCCCGGCAAGGAGGGCGUGGAGUUUGAACUCAAGUCCAUGCCGCCCAACAGCGCUGAUUUGAUCGAGCAUCUCGACGAGACAAUCCAAAAAGCCGGCCUGGCGAACGCUGUGGUUAUGCUGGAAUUUAUUGAGUGA